UAGAGUGUGCCAUGCCCACGGUUUUCAACAGAAACCCAACGAUCUGCUUAAUAAAUGGAACUGCUAGUUGCUAGCGAGGUCCAUCAAUACGCAUUUUGUUUUCUGUUUAUUUAACUAGCGGCUGUGUUUUCAUGGGAAAUGUAUUAGCAAGCUAACGUCAGAUAGCGCGAUAACUGCGCCAAAAAUGAUGCGAGAUUCAAUCGAAUGCUGCACUGCUAGCUAGUCAGCCAAAUCUGACUGGGGAAUGGUCAUUUCUCAGUUUGCCAGCAUCACAGCUCUGACACAUCACGAAGCCGUUCAGCUAUCAAGACAUAACGCUGGAAACUAGCUAGCGUUUAGUUGGAUAGAAAAAGGAGGACGAGCAUUUGCUGGGAAGUGGUGACUGUGCCAUUGCAAGACUGGCCAUAUGGAUGCGUUGCCUUUGUGUGCAUUUUAUUGACAAUUGUGGCUUGGCUCUAGCUAGGGGGUGGACGGCGCUGAGAAGGCGGACAGUUGGCUACGUUAGCUAACUAGCUUGUUGGAUGUCGCGACAGUGCAGUUAGCCCCGUUCGUUGUGUCAGGCCAAGGACCAGGGGACGCACGAACCCAAGUCAGUGAACAGGGGGUAUUGCAAUCAAGGCGGGUAAUAGGGAUAGUUAGCUAGCUAGCUAGUUGUCCAACUAGCUAGCUAACGUGAGAAAUCUAAACAAGGCUUGAAGCGCGCAUCAACGGAGAGAGGCCCUCAACACACCCCCUCGCACCGACACUGCCCCCUCUUCACCGAUCCUCCCGUGAUUUGCUGAGAUCUGUACACGGGUGAAGUCGGACAGUUCUCGGUUGGGGACAACUUGACAGCGAGGCCCCUAGCUCCCCUCCCCCAUCCAAGACCCCUCAGUCCACCUCCUCGCCAGACAUUAGAAGCGAGGAUCGGGAUAUUAGAUACCUAGCUAAAGUUAACCCAACCAGCUAGUCCAUUCUAACCCGCGGGUUGCCAAAACCAGGAGGGAUGACUUUGGAGUCGAUGAUGGCUUGCUGCCUGAGUGAAGAGGCGAAGGAAUCGAAACGAAUCAAUGCGGAGAUAGACAAACAACUCCGGCGAGACAAGCGGGACUCGAGGAGAGAACUGAAAUUGCUCCUUCUCGGUACAGGAGAGAGUGGGAAGAGUACAUUCAUCAAGCAGAUGAGGAUCAUCCACGGGGCGGGCUACACAGAGGAGGACAAGAGGGGUUUCAUCAGGCUGGUGUACCAGAACAUCUUCACCUCCAUGCAGUCUAUGAUCAAAGCCACAGAGAACCUCAAGAUCCCCUUCAAAUACGAACAGAAUCGGUCUAAUGCCAUGUUAGUGAAGGAGGUGGACAUAGAGAAGAUCUGUGGUUUCGACCAGCCCUACAUCAGCGCCAUCAAGACCCUGUGGGCCGACCCUGGGAUACAGGAGGCCUACGACAGACGCAGGGAAUACCAGCUAUCAGACUCCACUAAAUAUUACCUUAGUGAUAUAGACCGCGUCACCGCGGAGGGAUAUGUUCCUACUCAGCAGGAUGUGCUUCGUGUCCGGGUCCCCACCACGGGAAUCAUAGAGUACCCGUUUGACCUGGAGAACUGCAUCUUCAGGAUGGUGGAUGUAGGGGGUCAAAGGUCAGAGAGGAGGAAGUGGAUCCACUGUUUUGAGAACGUCACUUCCAUCAUGUUCCUGGUGGCCCUCAGCGAGUACGACCAAGUCCUGGUGGAGUCUGACAACGAGAACCGUAUGGAGGAGAGUAAGGCGUUGUUCAGGACCAUCAUCACCUACCCCUGGUUCCAGAACUCCUCAGUCAUCCUGUUCCUCAACAAGAAGGAUCUGCUGGAGGAGAAGAUCUCAUACUCCCACCUGGUCGACUACUUCCCUGAGUUUGAUGGUCCCCAGCGAGAUGCCCAGGCGGGCCGGGAGUUUAUCCUGAAGAUGUUUGUGGACCUGAACCCGGAUAGCGACAAGAUCAUCUACUCCCACUUCACCUGCGCCACGGACACCGAGAACAUCCGCUUCGUCUUCGCUGCCGUCAAAGACACCAUCCUGCAGCUCAACCUCAAAGAAUACAACCUGGUCUGAGAGACUCUUGCACGCAAACACACACUCUUCCCAGUUGCACAGCUUAGCCUACACACACACUUAUGAAGCUUACACACACCUACAAAUCUAGUUGAUCUUUCCCCCUCCUGCUUUUCACUCCAGCGAUUUAAGACCCCCUCUUCCUAUAUCUCUCCUCCCGUUCGCUCUCUCAUUCCUUCCCUAUUUUCUAUCCUUUUGCCAUAAGCCUGUCCUAUCCCUCGUUCUCAGCAGCUUGUCUCCUCUUCUCCACACACAUGCCAUGACUACGGGAGGGGACAAUUGUGUGUGUGUGUGUGUGUGUGUGUGUGUGUG